AUGGUAACCUGGGACGACGCCACCGACAAGAAGUUCCUCCUCAACAUCAUCCACGUCGUCGGACCAGAGAAGCUCAACUGGCCGACCAUCGCCGCCAGCAUGGGCGAGGAGUACACCCCCGAGAGCGUCAAGUCUCGCUACAAGAAACUCAAGCAACAAGCCAAGGCGCAGUUCGGUGAUCCUCCGACGCCGGCGAGCAAGGGGAAGGGAAUGGGCGAGAAGGCUUCGGCCACGGGAUCGAAGCGCAAGGCUAAGAAGGCUGUCGCGGAGACGGAGGGGGACGAGGGUGAGGAUGAUGUGGAGGAGACGCCGAGUAAGAAGAUGAAGGUGAAGAAGGAGGUGAAGAAGGAGGAUGAGGGUGGAGAGAUGGUCUAG